GAAGGCGCCCCUCUGCCCUCUCCCCGCCCCCUUCCCAGCUGACAUCUCCCAGGCUUUUCUGGCACAUCAGUCCUCCCAUUUGGCACGUGGCGAGGGUAAAACAGGCUGAUGACAGGAGGAUGUGGCAUGCCCAAGACCUAGUCCACACGAGGGCGGACUCUGUGGGCCUGCUCCUAGGACCGCAGCCUGCAGAAGUGGGCCGGCCCUCUGUGCCCUGCCGACCCUGGCACCCCGCCCUGGGCUGGGGGCAGUGGGAACGCCUCUGGUUCUUGCUCCUCACCUUCACCUUCGGCCUCACGCUCACCUGGCUCUACUUCUGGUGGGAAGUGCGCAACGACUAUGAUGAAUUCAACUGGUACCUCUACAGCCGCAUGGGCUACUGGAGUGACUGGUCUGUACCCAUCCUCGUGACCACUGCUGCCGCCUUCACCUACAUCGCGGGCCUCCUGGUCCUGGCACUGUGUCACAUCGCCGUGGGCCAGCAGAUGAACCUGCACUGGCUGCACAAGGUAAGGUCUACCUCCGCGGGGGCUGGGGGAAGGGAGUCGAGGCUGUAGGCUGCAGCGGCAGAGGACGAGCUUGGACAUGCCGUCCUCGCUCCUUGGGAGGAGGCCAUCCUUCCUCUGGAUCCCCAUGACAGUUGUUCCAGUAGCUACCAGAGUACUCACUCCGCACCUGUUCUCACAGGCUGGCCUCCGUUAACUCAUUCAACCUUCACGGUAGCCCUGUGAUGUAGGUACUGUUAUCAUCCCAUCCUGCAGUUGGGAAAACUGAGGUACAGCGAGGUUAUGAAACUUGCCCAGGGUCUCCCACUUAGUAAGAUCCUAGAUCUGUAGCUGCUGACUGGCCAGCACACAGGUCACAGGCCCGGCCCCCUCUCCUCCUCAUUCUUCAGUGAGCCCCCACUGUAAAACUCGGCCGAGUGAUGGGACUCCCAACUCAGAGCCCUUCCCACCGCUCCCCUUGCUCCGGGGUGAUCCCACCUCCCCGACUAGCACUGAGGCCCUGCAGGACUUGGGCCCCGCUAACAUCUCCUGUGUGGGACGGUCACCUCAGCUUCUGCUGCAUGAGACAGCCCAGGCCCUCCCAGCACGGCGGCCUCUUCUCUACCUUACCUCUUCGCCCGUGCCCUCCCUUUCUCUCUCCUUUGGACUCCUUCCUUGGUUUGCCUCCCCUACCUACAGCCUGCUCAAGAUCGUCCAGCCCUGGCAGGCUCCCCUGCCACAGUCCUGAGCGUCUGUGCUGCCCACUUCCACCGGGCUCCCCCGCCCCAGCCCUCCCCAGUCUGGGAGCUCCCUGCAGGCCAGGUUGGCUUUGCCCAUCUCCAUGUCCCCCGUGCCCCCUCAGGACUGGGCCCAUACAUACAUUCCGAGCCUCAGCACUCAGGCCGCUGAUUGCAUGCGUGGUGCUAAAUGUAUGUGGCCGAUGCCUGUCCUUCCCCGGGCCUCAGUGGGCAUGGGGUGUGGUAGAAAGCCGAUCGAGAGAGCCCCUCCUUCCCUGGAGCACGUGGGCCUUGGAGGGAGGCUGGACAUUUCUUUUUUCCCAGAGCCUGGCUCAGAGUGAGCAUGCUGUUUAGGAAGGGGCAGAAAUGUCCAGAAGUAACCUUGAGCCCGUGAGAGGGGUGCAGAGUGACAAGGGGAGGGCUCAC